AACCAAAGCCACAUUUAUUUUAUUAAUUUACACCAGGACAUUUCAGAAUCGACUUUUUUUGUAUAAUUUGUUUUAAAUUUUUUUUUUUUCACGCGUAUAAUCCAUGGAACUGGAUAAAGCCUUGAAUAUUUUAAUCAAAUCUAUUUGCAAUGGCGCAUGCUGUAGGAAAAUUGACGGAUUGCCGUAUAAUGUUGUCCUGCUUAAAUGGGUUUAGAUCUUCAUUUAUCUGCGCCAAAAGCUUCAAAAUUUCGUGUCCAUUAAAGCCCGUAUUUCGCUGCCAAAGGAAGCAAUGCCGCCAUUUUAUUUCACCUCGGAUUAGAAGCUCGAUAUUCACGGCUUCUUCUUCUCAAUCUGACUUUGGGAUAAUUUCAACUACAGAGUUUUCGGAUGGCAGCAUUAUGUUCCAGUUUGGAGUACUUCCUGAAUCGGAACAGGUUUCUCAGAUUCCUCAACAGACGGAAAUUUGUGAGAUCGAUGGGAAGCCUAUGAAGAGUUCAGGGGUGGAGUCAUCUGUGUCGACCGAGGGUUAUAAUUUGGAAGGAAAUAAACAAAUACAGGAUAAAGAUUUUGUUAAGGAAAUUAAUAUGUCGGUAGAGAGAGAGAAGUGCUUUGAUGGAUCUAGUUCAAAGAGAAUGAAGAUGGCUGACGACUCAAUUAGAGAUACAUCCAUAAAGUUAGAUGGAUUCAGUUCUGACAGAAUGAAUCUGUCCGAGGACUUAGGUAGGGAUGUAGCUGUAGGGUUAGAUAAUCCAGGCUGUCAUUUAGGAGAAGAUUCUAGGAUUGAAGUUGGUAAAUGCGAGGAAUUGUCUGAAUUCAAUGUAAAGUUAAGGGAGGACUGUGGUAAUGCUUUGGGCAUGGACGAAAGAGGCACAGAAAAGAACAGGCUUACUGGUGAUGAAAUUGGAACUGGAGCAGUGACCAAAUAUUUACACGGUAAAGAUUGUGAUUCUUCAUCAGAUGUGCAAUUGAAGCCUAACGGAAAUGACAUGUUUUAUAGUAAAGCAGAAACAGCAUUAUUAGUUCAUAUGGUGCCUGAAACUGCUGAAACAAAUAGGGAACAGCUGGUUGUGUCUGGCGGAGAUGCUGCAAGAAACAUGGAUGAUACGGCGACUGAGCCUUUUGAGAGAAAUGGACAACAGGAUAUUGGUAACGAGAGGGGCAGUGAAGGAGCUUUAGAACAGAAAGCAGGAAAUGGCUCUCUAUCAGAGAUAUGUUCUCAAAUUCCAACUAACGACAAUGUGGAAAGUGAAACAUCGGCUGCUGAAGAUAUUGAAAUCACACAUGAUGCUAUAGAAUUGACAGAGAAGGAUGAAAAAAGACUGGACCUUGAAGGACAGGGAGAUUUUAGUCUUCUAUCUGGUGCUGUUAUGGUUCCACAUCCCACUAAGGUUUCUACUGGUGGCGAGGAUGCUUACUUUAUUGUGUCCAACCAUUGGUUUGGGGUUGCUGAUGGUGUUGGCCAAUGGGCACUUGAAGGAAUCAAUGCAGGACUAUAUGCUCAAGAGCUUAUGGAGAAUUGUAAGAAGCUUGUAUCUGAAGAAAAUUCGAGCACCAAUCCAAGACACAUCCUUGUGAAAAGUGCUAUGGAAUCCAAGUCUCCAGGCUCAUCAACAGUAUUGGUAGCCGUUCUCAUUGGUCAGAUGCUUCAUGUUGUGAAUCUUGGAGACUCUGGAUUUCUUGUCAUCCGAGAAGGUUCUGUUGUUGCGAAGUCAUCUCCAAUGACACAUGGAUUUAAUUUUCCUUAUCAAAUUGAGAGAGGAGAUGAUCCAUCAUCAGUUUUGGAGAGCUAUGAAGUUCACCUGAAUGAAGGAGAUGUGAUUGUUACUGCUACAGAUGGCCUUUUUGAUAAUAUAUAUGAUCACGAGAUAGCAUCAAUUGUUCAAACCUCAUUGCAAUCAGGUUUAAGUGCAAAGGAAAUUGCAAAUUUGCUGGCAAAAGAAGCACAGGAGAGAGGCAAAUCAACAUCUGGGAACAGUCCAUUUGCAGAAGCAGCUCAAGCUGCUGGUUAUUAUACUUACAUUGGUGGGAAAUUGGACGAUGUUACAGUCAUUGUAUCAAUAGUGCAAGCCGAUCCCAACGAGUAAAAAGGAAUAUAUGUAUCUUGCUGGUUAGAGUGUCUGCGCCAAGAGAAGUUCACGACAAAUCUUGGGCAUUUGGCUGGCCAUUUAAUAUUGUUUUGGACAGAUGUUCAUAGCGUAACAUUUAUUUUGAAAAAAAUAAAAUAAAAAUGGCAAUCAGGUGAUUGAUUAGAUUCAAAGUGCUUCUGGUAGUAACUGUGUAGAUAUUUUUUAUAUUAAGUUUUUGGAUUAUAUUCCAUUAUCUAUCAGAAAGAAGAGAAGUAUGAAGUAGUUGUCUGAUUGAACCUGAAGCACUAGUUCUGUAAAGAAAUUUACAACUUUCUACAUGUAUCAGUUGAGACAUUCUUCGAAAUUAUUUUCAAAGCAGAAAUUUUCUCUUGUUAA